GCAAAUUCAAAUCGGAUUUGAUGUAAGAAUCAUACGUCAAAGAGUGUCAAAUAGGAGAACACCUCACUUCAUCUUCAUUUUUUCUUUGUGGACUAAACCCUAGUUAUUUAUAAAUAACGAGCGAGUAAAAUGUCUGAUGAUGAGGCAUUCGCAGAUUACGACAACGAAUACGAUCCGGAAAUGGAAAACGACACUGCAUUGAGUAUUGCUAACUUACUGACACACUUCCAGGGACAAUUAGAUCAAAUAGAAAUAAUGUCAUAUCUCCCGGUAGGAAUCAAAAAUCGCGUGAAAGCCUUGAAGAAAAUUCAGUUUGAUAUGACCAAGAUAGAAGCAGAAAAUUUCAAGGAAAUUCACUCGCUUGAAUGUAAAUUCCAUGAAUUACAUGUUCCAGAUUACGAGAAACGAGCCGCUAUUAUUAAAGGAGAUUAUGAACCUAGCGAUGAAGAGUCGUUAUUUCAUUCAGAUGGUGAGGGAGACGCGGCGGGUGGAGACGAGGACGUUAAGGGCAUUCCUAAUUUUUGGUUGACCAUCUUCGCCAACGUUCGCAUUUUGAGAGAUAUGGUCCAACCAUACGACGUGCCCAUCUUGAAGCAUUUAAUGGACAUUAAGCUGUUCAUUAAAGAAGAACCUAUGGGAUUUUUACUGGAAUUUCAUUUUGAACCCAACGAAUAUUUCUACGAUACAGUCCUCACUAAGGAGUAUUUCAUGAAGUGUGAGCUAGAUGAUAGUGACCCAUUCAAUUUUGAAGGUCCAGAGAUUUACAAAUGUGUAGGUUGCAAAAUCAAUUGGAAGCCUGGCAAGAAUGUAACCAUUAAGUUCAUUCGCAAGAGACAGAAGCACAAAACUCUCGACGUCACCCGUACCGUUACAAAGUCUCAUCCUAACGAUUCGUUCUUUAAUUUUUUCGCACCUCCCAUGGAGAACAGUGCACUAGAUGGUGAAGACGAAGAUCUGAGAAAUUUACUGCUUACUUGUGAUUUUGAGAUUGGACAUUACAUUAAGGAGCACCUUAUUCCUAGAGCGGUUUACUAUUUCACGGGUGAAGCGGUUGAGAGGGAGGAAGAAGAGUAUUAUGACGAUGAAGACGACGAUGACGACGACGACGAUGACGAUGACGAAUCCGAUGACUCAGAUAAUACUCCCACAAAUCAAGAAGUGUCUCAGUAAAGUUCUUCUUUUUAUACAAGUAUAAUAUCUUAACAUAUUGUAAUGAUUUACUAUUUUAUUAGACAGACUUUACACUGUUUUGUUUAUAUGAAUAAAAUUAUUUUUAUUGAUAUAUUUAAAA